AUGAUUGAGGAAAUACACCACCAACAUGAGAUACAACAGCAAAAGGAGUAUUGCAAAUAUCGUAGAUCAUGCUAUUCCAGCGGAAAGAAGCCAAAAAUUGAUGCAUCAGUAGCAGGAAUCAUCUCGUCUUUUGGAGAGCAGUUAGAGAAAGCUUACGAGGAAGAGGAGGAAGCAAUUUUACAAACCAGAAAAGAAUUGAACAAAAAGCUUGGAUGCAAGUACAGGAAAUCUUGCUAUGAAACUGGUAUCCUUCCUCAGAUAAAUAAACCCGCUGAUGAAGAAGGCAUUACUUUUAAAGCUGGAUUAUCCAAACAUCUACAAUGUAAGUACAGGAAAAGUUGUUACGCUGAAGCAGGCUUAAAACCCGUAAAGGACAUAGUCACCGAGACAGAAGAAAAGCGCAGACCAUCCGAAGCUCACGCGAAACCCGAUGACGAACUGAACGAAACAAGGAACGAAAGAGCAAGCGAUGGAAGAAAAACACCAAGAGAGGACCGUCUGCCUGCUGGGCAGCAAAGGCAAGCGGAAGCUGGUAAGAAGGAAGAGGAGUGCAAACCUGGCACAGCAUGUUAUAUUUCAGCUGAGCCUAAAGCCUUGAAAGAGGACCACGCAGGUAGCAUGGCACGGAUAGGCUUGGAACGCUAUAAACAAAGUGGAAAGUGUAGUCCUUACUAUUAUUCUUGCCGUGAGGUGCUCGGCCUUCCACAGAAGGAGAAAGCUCCUAUUGGACCAAAUGGUAGACGCUUAUGUCGCAAGAAACAGCUGUGA